GGGGCAGGUGAUGGACAAAACCAUUACGAAAGACAUGGGCCUUCGUUUUCGAUUCUUUAUCUACGGAACCUCCUUUCCCUUCGCUAAUCCCACACGCCUUCCUCCCUUCUUCCCUAAACCUACCUUCUCCAUCUCAAGCCGCCGCCUCCUCAAAAUCCACCGAAUAAUACGAGCAAACCAAAACAAUACUAGCAUUCGCAUUCCAUUCACAUUCCGUAAUUACUCGAAUUCCCUUUCAUUUUGUUCAUGGAUGAAUCCGAGGACCAUGACAGCGAGCCCAAGGAGUACGAUGGGCGGUCUUGGGCGGCGACGGAAGAGACGCGGAGCACGACGAGCAUCCACGUGACGGCGCUGGACGGGCUGGUGAACGUGAACUCUCUCUUCACCAUCGCCGUCUUCGUGGGGCUCUCCCUGACCUCCCCGGGACAGCGGAGCCUCGAGGGCAGGGCCGCUUGCGACGCCGGCACGGACGUCGUCCGCAACCUCCUGGUGUUCGAGGUGGUCUCCUUCAGCUUCUUCCUCUUCUCCAGCCUGGUGGCCCAGGGCCUCAAGCUCGCCAUCAAUCUCCUCAACAGCAACGACGUGGACGAGGCCUUCCGGGCGCACAUCAACGCGCGGGUGCUCCGCCUCGGCAUGCUCGCCUCCGCGGUGGGUUCGGUGAUGGGCUGCCUAUUCCUGCUGCUCUCCAUGGUCGACGUCAUCCAGAUCCGCCUCGGCUUGCUGUCCUGCGGCAGCAUCUCCGCCGGCCGGGCGGUGGCGGCGCUCGUCACCCUCGUCUCCACCGCCCUCGUCGUCUACAUCUCCACCGUCCUCUAUGCCUUCACCCACUGAGCCGCCCUUCUGCGGCCUUUUCUACUUUCCUGCCAACCUACGUUCAUUCUUUGUUUUUUACUUUUUCCUAUUCGGAAUGGAUGAAUUUAAAAAAGAAAAAAAAAACUGAAAAUUUUUGGCGGCGUUUGGAAGGAAUUGCGAGUGCAUCGGAGAGUUCAUAUCGAAUGGAUAAGGCAGAAGAGAUGGUGAUCUGACCGAACUCGAGUUUGAAUCCAGGACCUGGUGGUUGGAUUGGGACAGCUGUUUGGGUUUGUGAUUCGUUUACUCCACGCGAUUGAAAUGAGUCACCAUAAUAAAUAAUUAGGUUUUAGGAUUCUGCAUCCGAUAAUUAUAUGCUCUCAGUGUCCCACGAUGAAGUAAUGAUCUCACGACAAAGCAUAGAACAGUCAUAAUACUUAGUAAUUAUCCGUAUCGAAUCAUCUACAAUGCAAUUUUUUCAGAACUGGAUUGGAUCGGCUG